GCCAGAACCAUGGUUCUCGUAUGCAUAUAUCGGAACAAAUCUCCGUAGGAAGUCUUGGGUCGCACGGAUUCCCGAGAGAGACGGAUUGUUGACCAAUGUCCGCAUCCGGCACCUGCAUGUACGCAAUGGAAAUCCCCGUGGCACCUCUUGUGUUGAGCUUGUGUUUGGUAGUGCGUUACACGGCUGCUCCUCUAUCACAUCAUCCCUUGUGCAACCCAGGUGGCCAAGAUUUGUUGAGCGACCUGGGUGAUGAGCUGGUCUCUUUCGAGUCUAUUGAGACUCUGCAUAGGAAACAGGGUGUCGCGUAAGAGUGAUGCCGAUGUGGUCCCAGGAGUGUGAUAAUCAGGG